UUAAUCAUGCCUGAUUUCCAAGACUAUCUCAUAAUACUUCCCCUCAUCUGGCUAGCCACCAUCUUGGUCCGAACCUUCUUCAUCAGUAGAACCAAAAAAGCUCGUCUUCCUCCUAGCCCCCGAGCCCUGCCGAUCAUCGGACACCUCCACCUCCUUAGCCGAAUACCUCACCAAUCUCUUCACAAACUCUCCAACCAACAUGGACCGUUGAUGUACUUGCUCUUCGGCUCCAAACCAUGCGUUAUUGUCUCCUCCCCGGAAAUGGCUAGAGAGUGCCUCAAAACACACGAAACAUGUUUCCUAAACCGCCCCAAAAUGACCAACAUAGACUACCUUACCUACGGCUCCGCUGAUUUUGCCUUGUCACCUUAUGGACCCUACUGGAAAUUCAUGAAAAAACUCUGCAUGACCGAGCUUCUCGGCGGAAAAACACUUGACCAGCAUAUUUCGGUUAGGGCGGAGGAAAUGAAGCGGUUCUUGAACCUAUUACUCGACAAAGCCAAUGCCGGUGAGGCGGUUGAUGUCGGAGCGGAGCUUAUAAGGUUGGCGAACAACAUAAUAUCGAGGAUGGCCCUACGAACGAGGUGUUCAGAGAAGGAAGAUGAAGCUGGGAAGGUGGUGAAAGAGAUGUGUGAGCUUGCUGGCAAAGCAAAUGUGUCGGAAAUGAUUUGGUUUUGUAAGAAUCUUGACUUGCAAGGAUUUGGGAAAAGGCUUGAGGAUGUUCGGGGUAGGUAUGACAGGAUGAUGGAAAGGAUAAUGAAGGAACAUGAAGAGGCGAGGAGGAAAGAGAAGAAGGAGAUGGUUGAUGGAGGUGAUGGAAUAAAAGAUGUGCUUGAUAUUUUGCUCGAUAUAUACGAAGAUGAAAGCUCAGAGAUAAGAAUGACCAGAGAAAACAUCAAGGGAUUUAUUAUGAAUAUGUUUGGAGCUGGGACAGAUACAUCGGCAGUGACAACAGAAUGGGCAAUUUCUGAGCUAAUUAAUCGCCCACAUGUGAUGGCUAAAGCGAGGCAAGAGAUUGAUAUGGUAAUCGGAAAGAAGAGAAUAGUAGAGGAAUCGGAUAUAGCUAAACUCCCCUACAUCCAAGCUAUUGUGAAGGAAACACUCAGGCUUCACCCCACCGGCCCAUUAAUUGUAAGAGAGUGCACAGAAGACUGUGUGGUUGCUGGUUAUGAAAUUCCGGCUAAAACCCGGCUGUUUGUUAACGUGUGGGCUAUUGGAAGGGACCCGAACCACUGGGAGAACCCGCUGGAGUUUUGGCCGGAGAGGUUUGUUGACGAGGAGGGGAGUGGAAAGAGCCAGUUGGAUGUGAGGGGGCAACACUUCCAUCUGCUGCCGUUUGGGAGUGGAAGAAGAAGCUGCCCUGGAGCAACGCUUGCGUUGCUAGUUGUUCAAACAACCCUAGCUUCUAUGGUUCAGUGCUUUGAAUGGAAGGUUGGGGAUGGAGAUGAGAGUAGAAUUGUAGACAUGGAAGAGGGGCCUGGAAUCUCCCUUCCCAGGGCUCAUCCUCUUGUUUGUGUCCCUGUGGCUAGGCUCACUCCAUUUCCAUGA